AUGGCGUCCACCGCGCCCACAUUGCCGUCAGAGCUCAUUGUAGAGAUCUGCUCCUACUUCUACCGCGAUAAAACCGAGAUCGACUACGCCCAGGAUUGGCUCCGGACUCAAAGACAACUCUUCGCCGUUUGCCUAGCCUCAAAGGCUUUUUACGAACUGGUGCAGCCCUAUCUAUAUCGCCAGGUCAACGUCUCGCUUCACAACCUCACAGGCACCAGAUACCUUUCACUCCUUCGCACCCUUAUUUCUCGCCCCGAUCUCGGCGAACGCGUUCGAGACCUCAAGCUCGACGUUUGUAUUCCGUACGUGAGCCCCGGCGAGAUUGAUCGAGCCAACAUGGCCACCUUCUUGGAUAUCACCAGGCAAUGGUCCUGGAACAAAUCCGUUCGCUCCUCUGUCGGCUCCAACUGGACGAAUGACCCUCAGAGAACCCAGGAAGCCUUGGUCGACUUGCUUCUCGCCCAUUUACCAAAACUCAACAUAGUCCAUCUGUCAAUUGGAAGAUAUUCUUACGGUUCCGGUAUUCCGACUCAACACCUCGCCGGGCCCUCGUACCUCUUUGCGAAGUCCAUGGCUAAACGCGUUACUUCACUGCACGUAUACCAUUCCGACCUCACCAGAUUCUCGCUCAAUCCCGGUUACACGUAUACCCCGCACAUUUCCAACUUCUUGGAAUACUUCUCGACCGAUCUGGCCAAAAUUGUCACCCGUCGAUGCGACCGCCUGCUAGAUCGUGACGUCUUCUGCUUCGGCAGCCUCCAAGAUGUGUCUCUGUACGACGUCUCCUUGGACGACAGCUCCAUGGGACUCCUGAUGGAUGCUUGCCACGGCCUACACCGUUUUGCGUACACCUCCUGGAGUUCCGCGACUGUCACUCCAAAUGCCUGUCUGAGGGCCUUGGAGCAGCACUCGAGCACCCUAGUUGACAUCUACCUCCGUCUCACCUAUCCUGAACUUAAAGUCGUCACUUCGGGUGGAUACGAGUCUUUCCACAUGUUCACCAAGCUCGAGAAGCUCAAGGUCUUCCCGCGAGACUUUGAAGGGGCCAACAACAAGGCAAUCAACAACCUCCCAAAGAGCCUCAAGCAUUUCACCUUAAGCUACUGGUCUGUGGCGUCCACCAAGGACGUGGUUGCCUUCGUUGAGACUGCUGCACAAGUUUUCUUUCCACAGCUAGAGACAUUCGAUGUCCAUCUCUUCCAAACCGGAGGCUUCCAUGCCGAGAUGCUAGCGUCUAGUAUCAAAGCCGCUGUGAUGGGCAAAUUGGGGACUAAGCUAUUCAAGUUCAGAGUGCACGUACUUCAUCGCCUCCUUGAGGAUCCACGGAAGUGA